UGGGUGGGGCCUGGAGGCAACUAAAGCGGCAUAGGGCGAGGGCGGGGCCGGCAGGGCGGGGCGGGGCUGGGAAGUAGUUGGGCGGGGUUGUAGGACGCCGCGCUCAGCUACCAUCGCUGGGCUGUCAACAAGCGCGGGCCUGGCUCAACGCGGCGCGGCGCGGAGACCACGAGGCGACCGGGAGCGGCUGGGCUCUCGGCUGCGCGCCCUUCGGCCAGGCCGGGAGCCGCGCCAGUCGGAGCCCCUGGCCCAGCGUGGCCCGCGUCCCUCUCGGCGUCCACCUGUCCGGGGUGCUGCCAGCGGGCAUGACCGACCCACCAGGGGCGCCGCCGCCGGCGCUCGCGGGCCGCGGAUGAAGAAGAAGACCCGGCGCCGCUCGACCCGGAGCGAGGAGUUGACCGUGAGUGAGGAGGCAACCGGGAGCGAAGAGGUGGCCCAGAGUGAGGAGAGGACUGGAGGCGAAGAGAUGAAUCGGAGCCAGGAGGUGACCCGGGACGAGGAGGCGACCCCGAGCGAGGAGGUGACCAGGGAGGAAAUGGCGGCAGCUGGGCUCACCGUGACUGUCACCCACAGCAAUGAGAAGCACGACCUUCAUGUUACCCCGCAGCAGGGCAGCAGUGAACCAGUUGUCCAAGACCUGGCCCAGGUUGUUGAAGAGGCCAUAGGGGUUCCACAGUCUUUUCAGAAACUCAUAUUUAAGGGAAAAUCCCUGAAGGAAAUGGAAACACCAUUGUCAGCACUUGGAAUACAAGAUGGUUGCCGGGUCAUGUUAAUUGGGAAAAAGAACAGUCCAGAGGAAGAGGUUGAACUAAAGAAGUUGAAACAUUUGGAGAAGUCUGUGGAGAAGAUAGCUGACCAGCUGGAAGAGUUGAAUAAAGAGCUUACUGGAAUCCAGCAGGGUUUUCUGCCCAAGGAUUUGCAAGCUGAAGCUCUCUGCAAACUUGAUAGGAGAGUAAAAGCCACAAUAGAGCAGUUUAUGAAGAUCUUGGAGGAGAUUGACACACUGGGUGGGUGUAAAGAAGCAGCAGCGCCGGGUGCGGUGGCUCACGCCUGUCAUCCCAGCACUUUGGGAGGCCGAGGCGGGUGGAUCACAAGAUCCUGCCAGAAAAUUUCAAAGACAGUAGAUUGAAAAGGAAAGGCUUGGUAAAAAAGGUUCAGGCAUUCUUAGCUGAGUGUGACACAGUGGAGCAGAACAUCUGCCAGGAGACAGAGCGGCUGCAGUCUACAAACUUUGCCCUGGCCUAGUGAAGUAUGGCAGAAAGAGGCUGUGCUGCCCUGAAGAAUGGCACCACCAGCUCUGCCGUCUCUGGAGCAGAAUUUACCUGAUUUCUUCAGGGCUGCUGGGGGCAACUGGCCAUUUGCCGCUUUUCCUACUCUCAUCCGGUUCUCAAUGAAAAACAGUGUCUUUGUGAUUUUGAGUAAAGCUCCUGCCUGUUUU